AGAGAGAAAACGCUUGAGCAGAGCAAACCCUCUUCCCCAAUUCCCCCUGUCGAGCUCCUCCGCUCCACGGCCGCGCGGCGGCGACGGCCCCCUCCCACCACGCUCUCUACCUGCUUCGUCUCCACCAGCUAGAGUCAAACAGGGUCGGGGAGAGUCUCUGCUUCCAGAAAGAUCGAUGUCGUCGGCGGCGGUCAAGCCCGAGCUGCCUCUGCUCCCCGUGGCGCCGCUGGACGGAGAGAGCGGCUACCUCCGCUGGAAGGAGUCGGUGCUGCUCCGCCUCCACACCCUCGGCCUGGCGCGCGCGCUGUCCGAGGAGUAUGAGCCGGAGCGUCCCACCGUCGAGAAGCAGCGGGCGCGCGAGCGCGACGACGCUCUGUGCCGCGGCCACAUCCUCGCGAUGCUCUCCGACCGCCUCCUCCCGUUGUACGCUCACCACGCCACCGCCGGUGCCGUCUGGCGCGCCGUGGGUCUCACCUACGAUCUGGACGCGGGGAUGGAUGUGUUCCGGUACGAUGAGGGCACGCCCCUCCUGGAGAACCUGGCGCGUCUGCAGGCCACCCUUGCCGCCGCCGGAAAACUCUCACAAAUCUUGAUGAGGUGCAGCAUUGAGUUUGGUGGGUUCCCGUCGGAGAUGGCACGGGAGGUUGACAAAGUUCCCAAUGUAAGUAUGGCCGGCAUCUGGAAGAUUGCUCGGCGGCAGGUGGUGUCGGACAGGGUGGGAGAGGUUCAACGGCACGCUCGUUAUACGACAGACGGGCAAGGGAGCAGCUCCUCGGAUGAUUCUCGGCCCCUGAAACGGGUGAGACAGGGGUAAUCCAACACUCUGCCUCUGGUGCAGCCUGUUCGGGUGCACUUUGCAAGGUUUAGUAGUCGAGUGCCUGGGUGCAAGUUUGCAGAGGUUUAGAACGAGUUUCAGUCAGUUUGCUGUUAGAUCCUGCCCUACUUGCUCGUAGGAUUUAGUUGCUACUCUUAUUAAUUAAGUCGUUGUACUCAAAUUAAGGUACUUCAGUAUGUAACCCAUCUCUGAAGUGAAUCUUGGAAGAUCCUGCCCUACUUGCUCGUAGGAUUUAGUUGCUACUCUUAUUAAUUAAGUCGUUGUACUCAAAUUAAGGUACUUCAGUAUGUAACCCAUCUCUGAAGUGAAAUACAACAGAGCGAUAUGAUCAACAAGGAUUUAGAGCUGAACUCAUGCUCCGGCUUAUGUACCCCGUAGUCAACAAAAUAAAGUCAGGGUAGAUGAAUAUUUGUCGACUGUUUCAA